CGAUGUUACAUCGUCGUUCGCCCACCUCUAGUAUCAAGUCCGCCGAAAUAAAAUAAAUAAGAAAUCGGACGCUAAGUCCAAGUUCCCCCGUUCCCCGGAUGCAGCGCAGCGAGCUUUGGGUCCCUAAGAAUCCAGCGUGGGACUGGAAUUCCGAAUCCCUCUCCGCCCCACUGCGGAUACUGGCCUCGGCAUCCGUCUUCGCAUCCUUAACCACCCUCUACCGAGCGCAGCAUCCGCUUUCGAAUCCGCGGCACCAAAGAGACGUCUUUCCACGAUGAGCACCAGCGAAGGGAGUGGCCACGGUAGUGGGAUUCGGAAUCCAAAUGGGAACGAAAAUGGAGAUGGGACCCUAAGCCUGAUGCAGGACUUGCAGAACAAGUACAACUUCCUCGAGAAUUUGUUUAGCAAGUUCUGGAAGUCCAUUAUCAAGACGAAUUCCAAUCUCAAACUGCAACUGCGUAAUGUCAAAUGGAAAAAUGCCAAGGCAAAGCCCGGUUGUGCCUACCAGCCAACAGAGAUUGAACAGGUGGCCAACGUAAUUACUCACGGGAUUUGGAUACUGCCCGCCGUGUUUGCGGCCAUAAAACUGUUUGAGCGCUCAUCCAGUGCCAGCCAGUAUUUGGUUUCCUGGGUUUACGGCGGUGCCCUUUGUAUGCUCUUUACGGUGUCAACCUUCUUCCACUGCUCCUGCUACUGCGCCGAGCACAAACCCCCAAGGAAUGUCAAGGCCUGGCCCAGUUUUGGAUGGCAGACGUACCAGGGCUUGAAGAACGUGCUCCAUCGCUGCGACAGGGCCAUGAUCUAUGUGUUCAUCGCCGGCUCAUACUUCCCUUGGCUCACGCUGGAGAACACCGACCACUCGGCCAUACUUUUCUGCAUGGAGUGGGUCAUUUGGCUAAUGGCGGGCAUUGGCAUUGCUUACCAGCAGCUCUACCAUGAGCGCUACAAGUGCCUAGAGACGUUCUUCUACCUGGUAAUGGGUCUGGGCCCAGCUCUAGUUGUUGUGUUCACUGGCCACCACUUCCAUGGAAUGUUGCAGCUGAAGUUCGGCGGCGCUUUCUAUAUCCUGGGCAUCGUGUUCUUCAAGGCGGACGGAAUGAUACCGAUGGCCCAUGCCAUUUGGCACCUUUUUGUAGUGUUGGCCGCUGGAUGCCACUACUAUGCCAUCCUUGUGAACCUAUACCCCGGCGAUGGAGCCAUCGAACCGUGAGAAAUGCAUAGAAGAAGUUGGGGGACGCAGCGAAUUUAGACCUUAGAGUACUUAACGACUGGGACUCGAUUUUGUCAGCCAAGUGUAACGUAUUCCUAUGAUGAACAUGUACCCAAGUCUCUGCUCCACAUUUGGCCAAAUUUUUUUUCCGAGAGAAUACGAAUAGUAGUAGAAUUUAGUAUUAGGAACUAACUAAAUCGAAACGAUUCUUGUGAUCAGCAUCUGCGGCCUUGCCAAAGAUUCAAAUUGUGCGAGUGCUCAUGGUUCUCUCCCUCUCUAUCUGAUAUUAUUAGCUAUAUUCAUAUAUUUACUAUAUAUUGACCAUGUACCAGCUCCCGUUUUGGCCAUGUGUUUCUCAAAAGACUUUGAUCAGUACUCAAAAGGCGAAUGAUACAAACGAAAACGGAAAAACAAAGUGAAAUUGUACAAAUAUCGGAAAAUUUACAACCUGAAUUUCCUAGCCCACCCCGCGCCUUUUGAACACUAGAAGCCAGAAGACCGCCUAGCCUGCAUUACAUUUACAUGUUUAUACAGAUUAUACAGAUAUACUUUACAUCAUAUACAGAUCUAUUAGAGUUAAGAUUGUCGUCCGACACGCGAGUCCAGCCCCUUUGGCCAGUUUCAUCGCUUAGCUCAGGGACUACUCGAUGUGUUCGCAGAUACUGAAAAAGGUGAUCAUAUACGCUUGAUAUUAUGGGGCGUGGCUCGCGAUCGUCGGAUAUUGCUUUCGUGUAAUCGUAUUUUGGUGUCAGCCGUGCCAAUUUCUGGUGCAGCUCCAUUAGUUGUAAUGCGGGAUUCUAGGACAUAUACCAUAUAUGCAUGAAUAAAUGGUUUAUCUUAAAAUUAAUGAAAAGGUUUUUGUGUGUUCCACGGGGAGCUCAAAAGUCCCACAGUAGUUGUAUAUUUGUAAAUGUUAUUUACUUCUCGCUAAGUUAUGAAGUUAUUUAAAACGUUUUUUGUUGGAAAUAUAUGAUUUUACUGUCAA